UGCCCGGGUCAGGCAGGUGGUGCAUUAAUCCCAAACCAUUCCCUAAUUCCAUGUUUCCAUUCCUUUCUCAUUCCCCUUCCCUGGUGCUCCCCCUCAAAUCCCAGCAGGGUUUUUUAUGGAAUAAGGUCGGGAUCAGCUUAUCCCAGCCAUGCCCAGCUCAGGCAGGUGGUGCAUUAAUCCCAAACCAUCCCACAGUUCCAUGUUUCCAAACCAUCCCACAAUUCCACAUCUCCAUUCCUUUCUCCUUCCCCUUCUCCUUCAAAUCCUGGUGGGAUUUUUUAUGGAAUAAGGUUGGGAUCAUUUUAUCCCAUCCAUGCCCAGGUCAGGCAGGUGGUUCAUUAAUCCCAAACCAUUCCCUAAUUCCAUGUUUCCAUUCCUUUCUCAUUCCCCUUCCCUGGCGCUCCCCCUCAAAUCCCAGCAGGGUUUUUUAUGGAAUAAGGUCGGGAUCAGCUUAUCCCGCCCCUGCCCGGCUCAGGCAGGUGGUUCAUUAAUUAAGAGCAUUAAUUCAUUAACGAAGCCGAUCCCGGCGCCUCCAAACCCUUUCCCGCCUCGACCAUUCCCCGUUCCCGUCCUUCCCGGCUCCUUCCCUCGAAUCCCGUCCUUCCCGGCUCCUUCCCUCAAAUCCCGUCCUUCCCGGCUCCUUCCCUGACCCGGGGGCGUCCGUUUUUUUCCCAGGAAAAUGGCCCUGGAUCAUUUCCUGCACGACAAGGUCUGGCUGGACAAACACAAAUACGACGACGCCGAGCGCCGGUUCUACGAGCGCCUCAACGGCCCCCGCGGGGGCUCCAACCGCUCCCAGGAGAACGGAGCCAGCACGAUCCUGCGGGACAUCGCCAGAGCCAGGGAGAACAUCCAGAAAUCCCUGGAAGGGCAGAAGACUCCUCCUCCUCCUCCUCCUCCUCCUCCUGCUCCUGCUCCUCCCGCUCGGAGCCGGGACAUUCCCUGUGGCCGUGCCCGGAAGCAGCCGGGACGCUCCUCCAGCGGUGGCUCCGGAGCCGCCGGCGACCAGAACGAGCUCCUGGCCCGGAUUCCUCCACAGAAAGUGGAACCUUUCAGCGUCCCCUCCAAAAAAGUGGAGCUCCCGGCCAAGAAACCGGAGCCGGCGGCUGCCGAGGAGGAGGAGGACAACGACGACAUCGACCUUUUCGGGAGCGACGACGAACAGGAAGACCGGGAAGCCGCCAAAGUUCGGGAAGAGCGGCUCCGGCAGUACGCGGAAAAGAAGGCCAAGAAACCGGGAAUCGUCGCCAAGUCCUCCAUCCUCCUAGAUGUGAAGCCGUGGGAUGACGAGACGGACAUGGCCAAGCUGGAGGAAUGUGUCCGUUCCGUCCGCAUGGAUGGGCUGCUCUGGGGAGCUUCCAAGCUCGUGCCGGUGGGAUACGGAAUCCGGAAACUGCAGAUCCAGUGCGUGGUGGAGGACGAAAAAGUGGGAACGGACAUCCUGGAGGAGGAGAUCACCAAGUUCGAGGACUACGUGCAGAGCGUGGACAUCGCUGCCUUCAACAAGAUUUAGAUGGAAAACUGGGAUCUUUUUCCCUCCGAAACGGGAAUAAUAAAGCUGAAGGUUGGAAGUGCA